AUGGCGUCACAGCUUGGAAUUGCCCGAUCCACUGUCCAAUCGAUUGUCAAGAACGACUUGAAGCUCAAAAGUUACAAACUACGUCGUGGACAGUACCUCUCGGACAAAUCGAAAGCGAUGCGACUCGAAAAAUGCCGAAAAUUACUCCAGCACUUUCAAGUGCGCCGCGUCUCUGACGUUAUCUGGACAGACGAGAAGAUCUUCACUAUUGAACCUCUUCCCAACCGUCAAAACCAGAGACAGUUAUUGUCAAAAGAUGACAGCAUGUCUCCGAAACGUCGUCUUGCCCAUAACCGCCUUUUCCCGAAAAGUGUCAUUGUUUGGGCCGGUAUCACGGAAACCGGUAAAACUCCGUUGGUUUUCAUUGAAAGAAAUGUGAAAAUCAACUCGGAGGUGUACCAAAAGAUUGUGUUGAUGGAUAAUUUGUUACCCUGGGUCACUCAGCACUUUGCUGGUGGUCCAUUUAUCCUUCAACAAGACUGGGCACCGUCCCAUGGCUCGAGAUCGACAUUGGCCGUCUUGGAGGCGCAUUUCCCUGGAUUCCUGGACAAGAACUUGUGGCCUGCUUCAGCCCGGAUCUCAAUCCGAUGGAUUUCAGCGUUUGGGGCAUGUUGGAAGGGAAGAUCGCGGGAAAAGUUUUUGCUACUGUCGAUGACUUGA